AUGCCAUAAUAUCUCAAAGGCCAUUUAUGCCAAAGUCUCUCAGUGGAAACAUUUUGAUAACAUAAAGGCUUCCUUUCCUAACUGCUUCUCCUGGCAUUCCUACCACCAAGCGGAGAUUUUUGAUGUCUUAGGGCAAUGAUGACAUGGUACCAUUUCCCUGGAUGGUCUCGUCUUGCCACCGGUGUUUCUUCCAGCUUCUGGCCUGGCAUUUUGCACCCGUUGGUUCCUCCGUAUGAUAUUUCUGUAUGGCAACAAAGAAAUUUUUCUGUUGAUGAUGGCACUGAAUUCUGGAUUCAGUUGGUUUUCGUCUUUUUGUACCAGUUUUGAUUUCGGAGCCCUGCUGAAGACAUAUUUUAUAUCUCUGCUUUUUUGAUUUCAGCUCUUGCCUAACUGUAUUUUUGAUUUUGUUGAGCUGAAUUUUUACUUGUAAUCCUUCUGGUUUAAUAUACGGGUGAUGCCCCAAAAUUUUCAAAAAAAAAAAACUCCGGGAAUAAAGUGGCGGGAGUUUCGAAGUUGACGGCCGCUGGCCCUCUCCUCAUUCCGGAAGCCGAAGAAACCGCGCAGAGCGUCCUCGCUCCGAAACUCCCUCAGAUCCCCAGAUUCGACAACAGAAACCGAUGACGCCACACCGCCUCUUCACCUCUCGGCCAAUUACAGCAAAUCCGAAUUCGUUAAUGGCCAUACGUAGGCUCGGUUAUCCGUUUCCUGCUCCUCUCAACCCUAUCUUGAAAGCGAACGAUCUUCCAAACCCUAACCUUUCGAAUGGAGAAGGUUUCCGACGCCGACCUGUCUAGGGAGGCCGCCACUGCUGCUGAUGGCGGCAGAGGAGGAGGAGAUAAAGAGAGUGAGAUGGACGUUGAUGACCUCGCCCUUGAGCUCCUCGAGACUGUUGAGACCGUGCAGUCUUUUUCCGAUUACCGCCGCACGCAGAGGAAAGAGUGCCAUAACCUCAUUCGCCGGAUGAAGCUCGCAGUGCCAUUGCUCGAGGAGAUCCGCGAUUUGGAGAUCCCUGUGCCCGACGAUGUCUGCGCCAGGCUCUACAGGCUCCGGACGGCUUUCACCGCUGCCAAGAAGCUUCUCAGAUGCUGUCAUGACGGAAGCAAGAUCUAUUUGGCUUUGGAGAGCGAGGCAGUGAUGAAUAGAUUUCACUUUGUUAAUGAGAAAUUGACUCAGGCGGUGGAUGGCAUGCCUUAUGAUGGCCUUUGUAUUUCUGAUGAGGCUAAGGAACAGCUUGAGCUAAUGUGCUCUCAGCUAAAGAGAGCUAAGGGGAGGACAGAUACUCAAGACAUGGAGCUAGCGAUGGAUUUGAUGGUUUUGUUAUCUCAAAAGGAGGAAGAUCGGAAUGCAAACAGUUGCAUAUUAGAACGCCUUGCUAAAAAGUUAGAUCUGCAUUCACUCCCAGACUUGGGAGCUGAAGCAAUGGCCAUCAAAAUGCUUAUAAAAGAAAGAUCUGGGCAAAAUAUAGAGUCCACACAGCAGAUCAUAAGUCUUCUGAGCAAAUUCAAACAAAAUGCUGGUAUUGAAGAUUGCGAUGGCUUAAAUGAAAUCAUGUUGCCCAAAUAUCUUGAGAAAUGCCCUUCCUUGAUGAUUCCAAAUGACUUCCUUUGUCCAAUAUCUCUAGAGAUAAUGACGGAUCCUGUUAUUAUUGCUACCGGGCAGACAUACGAGAGAUCAAGCAUACAAAAGUGGUUGGAUGCAGGCCACCGGAACUGUCCCAAAACCAGACAGCCUCUGGCUCACCUUUCUCUUGCCCCUAACUACGCCCUUCGCAAUGUGAUUUCUCAAUGGUGCAUGAAGAACAAAGUUGAGUUAAUGAAGAAGGACUCGUUGGUUAAUUCAAAGCCUAAGGACCACAAGGAAGAAAUCGAAACUCUGGUUCAAGAUCUAUCCUCCUUACACCUUGAUACACAGCGAAAAGCUGUUAAGAGAAUUCGAAUGCUUUCAAAGGAGAAUCCAGAGAACAGAAUUCUAAUUGCCAAAUGUGGGGGAAUCCCUUCACUUGUCAGUCUUCUCUCCUACCCUGAUUCAAAGAUUCAGGAGAAUACAGUGACUGCUCUACUGAACUUAUCUAUUGAUGAAACAAACAAACAGCUUAUAACUAAAGCUGGGGCAAUCCCACCUAUCAUUGGAGUUUUGAAAGGUGGAACCAUGGAAGCUCGAGAGAAUUCUGCGGCCGCCCUGUUCAGCCUAUCCAUGCUUGAUGAGAACAAGGUCUUGGUUGGAGAUUUGAAUGGCAUUCCACCAUUAAUAGAUCUCUUGCAGAAUGGAACACUCACAGGUAAAAAAGAUGCCACCAUUGCUCUCUUCAAUUUAUGUUUAAACUCCAUGAAUAAGACCAGAGCCAUAAAGGCCGGUAUUGUGAAACCUUUGCUUCAAGUACUUGAUGACAAGCAAUUAGCCAUGAUCGAUGAAGCUCUUUCUAUUAUUUUGCUCCUUUCAACACAGUCUGAUGGGCGUGCUGAGAUUGGAGAGCUAUCUUUCAUUGAAAAACUUGUUGGUUAUAUAAGAGAUGGGGCACCGAAGACUAAAGAAUGUGCCUUAUCUGUUCUUCUUGAGCUUUGUACGCACAAGCCAUCGUUUCUGUUGGUCUCACUCCAGUUUGGUGUUUAUGAACAUCUAUGUGAAGUUGCAGAAAGUGGAACCCAAAGAGCUCAAAGGAAAGCAAAUUCUUUGCUGCAACUUAUGAGAAAAACUGGCCAAAUUUUAUGAAGAUUGUAUAUUUCAUCGCAAACUUAUUACAUUUAUCAUUUUUAUUAAAUCUUUUGAAUAGAUUCUAUUAUCUUUUGGUC